CUGAACACUAUGCAACUGAUAGUGCUUAAUUUGUUUCCACUCAAACUUGUACCCUUUCAUUUUCUACCUACCACUACAACUCUUUCUUUGUCAUAAUUUGUGACACUUCAAUUUCAAUUUGUGGGCUUCAAAGUUCUUAUUAAUUUCAUUAAACUUGCUCGAUUUUCUGCUGAGAAGAUGGGUACUUGUGUACUUUGAUGGCAAUUUGGUGGUGAAUUUCUGGUUCAAUUUUUGUGGGGUGUUUGACUUUCAAGAUGGGAAUGGCUUAUCUUGAAUACCCAGUUGGAAUUUCUGUUCAAAAUCAUGGAAAUUGUAAAGAUUUUCUUCAUAAAUUGGAAUCAAGAAGCUUCAGCUAUCAAUCCAAUUUAGAGUUUUGUAGAAAUAAUGCCUGUUCAUCCUUAAAUUCCAGCUUCACAUUCAAGGGAUUUGCAGGAAGAACUCGAGCUCUUGCCAAUAACAGUGACUUUUUCUGGGAAGAAGUGCCUACACCUAUACUUGAUAUGGUUGAAAACCCCAUUAACAUGAAAAAUUUGUCACCAAAGGAGCUGAAGCAAUUAUCUGAUGAAAUCCGUGGAGAGCUCUCUUUCAUGGUAUCAAAAGGACAAAAAAAUUUAAAAGCUAGUCUGUCUGUGGUGGAGCUGACUGUUGCAAUUCAUUAUGUUUUUCAUGCACCAAUGGACAAGAUUUUGUGGGAUAUAGGAGACCAAACGUAUGCACAUAAGCUACUCACAGAAAGAAGAUCUCUGAUAAGUACGCUGGGACAGAAAAAUGGACUUUCUGGUUAUACAUCCCGUUCUGAGAGUGAAUUUGACCCCUUUGGUGCUGCUCAUGGAUGCAACAGUAUCUCUGCAGGACUUGGUUUGGCAGUUGCAAGAGAUAUCAAAGGGAAACGUGAGCGUGUAGUUUCUGUUAUCAGCAAUGAAACAACUACUACUGGUCAAGUCUACGAGGCAAUGAGUAAUGCUGGAUACUUAGAUUCAAAUUUGGUGGUAAUCUUAAAUGAUAGUCGCCACUCUUUGCAUCUUAAGCCUGAUGAGGAUUCCAGGACACCAAUUACUGCACUCUCUAGUUCUUGGAGCAAGGUGCAAUCCAGCAAAACUUUUCGAAGAUUCAGAGAAGUUGCUAAGGGUCUUACUAAGAGAGUUGGUAAAGGUUUGUAUGAAUGGGCUGCCAAAGUCGAUGAGUAUGCCCGUGGUAUGCUGGGUCCUACAGGAUCAACACUCUUUGAGGAGUUAGGACUGUACUACAUUGGUCCAGUAGAUGGGCAUAAUGUUGAAGAUCUAAUUUGUGUGCUACAAGAAGUAGCUUCGUUGGAUUCUAUGGGCCCUGUAUUGAUUCAUGUCAUGACAGAUGAAAACAUUGGACAACCUAAGAAAAUGAGUGAAACAGUGGAAAAUCUUGAUGAAGGCUCAAGUGAUAUUGAUUCAUUGAUAUCUAGAAUUGGCCCUCAAACAUAUGACCACUAUUUUAUAGAGGCUUUAUCAUUGGAGGCAGAGAAGGACAAGGAUAUAGUGGCAGUUCAUGCAGGCAUGAGGAUGGAGUCAUCAAUUCAGUUGUUCCAAGAGAACUUUCCAGAUAGGUUUUUCGAUGUUGGAAUGGCCGAACAGCAUGCUGUUACAUUUUCUGCUGGUCUAGCAUGUGGAGGACUCAAACCAUUUUGUAUCAUUCCGUCUGCUUUCCUACAGCGAGCUUAUGACCAGAUUGUUCACGAUGUUGAUAGACAGAAAGUUCCAGUGCGUUUUGCUAUCACAAAGGCAGGCAUGGUAGGUUCUGAUGGACCGGUGUGCUCUGGCUCAUUUGAUGUAACUUUCAUGUCCUGCUUGCCCAACAUGAUUGUGAUGGCUCCCUCUGAUGAGUUUGAACUUGCUCGUAUGGUAGCCACUGCAGCACAAAUUGAUGAUCAACCAGUGUGCUUCCGGUAUCCCAGAGGCACUAUAGUUGGCAUAGAUAACCCCAAGUGUGGAACGCCAAUUGAGAUUGGCAAGGGGAAAGUCCUCAUUGAAGGUAAAGAUGUUGCUUUAUUAGGAUAUGGAGCCAUGGUUCAGAACUGCCUUUUGGCUCAGUCCCUCCUUUCAAAGCUAGGAGUAGAAGUUACUGUUGCGGAUGCAAGAUUCUGCAAGCCCCUUGACAUUAAGCUUGUGAGGAAUCUUUGUGAAAAUCAUGCCUUUCUGAUUACUGUAGAGGAAGGAUCUGUUGGAGGAUUUGGGUCCCAUGUUGCCCAAUUCAUUGCACUUGAUGGGAAGCUUGAUGGAAGAGUUAAGUGGAGACCAAUUGUAUUACCGGAUACCUACAUAGAACAUGCAUCUCCAAACGAACAGCUUACUCGUGCAGGGUUGACUGGUCAUCAUAUUGCUGCCACUGUAUUGUCUUUACUAGGUCGUACACGGGAAGCCCUUCUUUUGAUGUGCUAGAUUCUGGAUUUUGUUAUUGAUUCUCAAGGAGUGACUGCUAUUAACUCUGGCCAUUACAAAGGACACUGGAAGAGUGUUGAAAGUUCAUGAGGGAUACCAUGAUCAUGUAUUAUUCUGUACAUCCUGUAAACUUUUUUCGAUGUGAUUACCUAGUUUCUAUUUGAUCUGAGGAAGUUACUGGCUACCCGAGAAAGGAUGAACAUGCAAAAGGCUCGUAGUCUGCAAUGAAGUUGCUUCGGUAUAGCUCCACUCUGGUUGCUCUUCUAAAUUGUUAUCAUCUGUUAGAUAUGAGCCUUAAAUUUCCUAUAGACAAGUUAGCAUCUUGUACAUUAUUAUUAAUUCUACGUAUUGUUUGCUAUGUUGUAAUAUUUUGCAUUUUGAAUGACAGUAUGAUAGUCUGUAGUAAGCUAUUUGUUGAGC